ACUUUCUAUAUUAUAACAUCAACUAUAUCCUAAAACACGGAUGUAUCAUUUAAUGUCCUACUUGAGAAAGACAGUAUCUUAACAGGAUAAUGAGUCUGAAUAAUGACUUUGUGUUACUGAGUAUGAUAACAAAUGGAUAAUAUCUCAAUACAUUGUAAAAUCUGUAUAUAUUAUAUAGCAUUACACAAUCUGUCAAUACUAAAAGAAGGAGUUUACACCUACCUGGUUUAACAAACAAUGUCUGGGAGUCAGUGUUGUAGGUAUGUGUGCCAAGAGUUUCAACUGAAGAGGUUUGGGUGCUCUGAGGUCCAUCCUGCAAGAUUCUCCUAUAGUCAGUGGAGAAUCCCAUUAGAAGUAGUUUUGGUGUACAGAUUUCUCGUUGCUGCAUACUGUAUAUUCUGGCUGAUCUACACAAGUCGAUACGGCUCUGUCCAAGUUGUCAAUGGCGCUGAAAUACCAAUGUUUGCUUUCCUCACAACAUGGACAUAUUUUGUGUUGACCGUAUACCUUACGUUACAUUUUCUCUCGUGUGUGCUUUAUGCGUGCAGACGUGGCGGUGGUUUGUGCCGUCGUUUGUCGAGCGAGAAUCAUCGUCACAUGUUUCAUGAGCUCGAAGUACAGCCAAGUUUAUGGGCAAGCCGGGAGUACGAUGCCAUCCCCGGAACAGAGCCAGACGAGGAGGUAGUUGAUGAAAUAAGAACCGUUCGAUUGUCAUGGUUAACAAAGCUUGUAUGGGUUUUAUACAAUAUUGCGUCAAAUGCUUGCAUUCUUGUAACCCUAGCAUUCUGGAUUUUACUUUAUCCAGGUAUGCAUCUGAGUGGUUUGGAAUUGAUGCUCAAUAUUCAACUUCACGGGAUAACCUCUGUUAUUAUUAUAAUAGAGAUAUGCGUUACCGCCAUACCUGUAAGGUUACCACAUUUUAUUUACACGCUUUUGUACGGUUUACUUUAUAUCUUAUUCAGCGGGAUUUAUUACGCAGUUGAUCAUAGACAUGUACUGUACCCACAUGUUCUUGACUGGAGUGAGCCAGGAAGGACGGCUGUUAUUUUAGUCCUUUCUGCGUUUGUUGCAUUGCCUCUUGUACAGCUGUUUUUAUUUGGAAUCUCAAAACUUCGGCUUUUUAUAUUUGAUAGAUGUAACCCAGAACAAUUGUAAUUUGAUACCAGUUUAAUACCACUUAUUCUUAAACAGAUUUUUACUUAUAUUAAAAAAUAUUCUGCGAAAAAAAAUCUUAAAGAUAAUUAAUCUUUUUAUUGUUUUUAGAAAAAGUAUGAUUUUUAUUCAUGUGCAAUAGGACAAAUAGUUUUUUUUUGCAUCCAUAUUACUUUAACAGGGUUGGGGCAUUCGUGGCCGAGUGGUUAAGGUCAUGACUUCAAACCACUUGCCCCUCACCGCUGUGGGUUCGAAUCUGGACAGGGACUUUGGAUUCUUUCAUGUGAGGAAGCUAUCCAGCUGGCUUACGGAAAGUCAGUGGUUCUAUUCAGGUGCCCGACCGUGCCUUAAAUAAUGCAUGGAAGGUCUUCCUUCACCAGUAAAGCUGGAAUGUCGCCAUAUGACCUGUAUGUGUGGGUGUGACUUAAAAUCAAAUCAAACAACAAAAAUUACUUUAACAGAGUUAUGGCCCUUUGAUAUUUUUAACACUUAAUGAAUUUUAGGCAUUCUUUUUCAAUGCUUAUGUCUGAGGAAGAACCUUGUGAGAGAUAUGACAUUUAUAUACUGUAUACUUUAACAUGGAAGUUCAUUUCUUAAUUGUUUGCUACAGCUGCUGAUACCUUAUGAAAUCUUUGGGUGGACUUUAUGAACCUUCAUAAAACUUUUUUUAUGAAAAUGGCAUCUAAAGUUAGUGAACCUCAGGUGUGGAGCAAGGAUUUUUUACCAGAGAGGGUUGCAAAAUUCUUACAAAGGGAAAUGCAUGUUUCAAAGGGGGUUGGCAUUUUACUAGUUUUGUAGAGGAGGUCAUGAGCCAAUAUUUUGCUGUUCUUCACUUGUUUUUGCAAGAUUUUUGUUUAAAAAAAAAGCAUAAGCUGGUAUCAAAAUCUCAACUCCCACCCCCCUUGGAUCCAAGCAUGGACCUAAUUAAUAACAACAUUUUUGUAUAAAAACACAACAAGACAAUACAUGGAAAUUAUUGUCUUCUAUGUGAUUUAUCCAAGUUGAAAGGGUUUAUUUCAUUAUAAAACUUAUCUCUUAACUUGCAGAAUUUCUAACAUUGAGUUGUCCAGCUUCCAUUUUUGGAGCUGUUGAUUUUCAAUUUUUAAGAUCAAGAUGAAAACUUGAAAUCGGUCAGUCUGGUUAGACUUCAGAUUUGUUUACAUUGUUCUUGCAUAUUAAAGUAUAAAAAGCUGUCUCUCAGACUCUGCUGUAAAAAUUAUUGUUUUGAAAUUUUGGAAAAGAAUACUUCUAAAAUACCUCUAUGAAAAAAAUAUGUUUUUAUUUUUAGCUCACCUGUCACAAAGUGACAUGAUGAGCUUUUGUGAUCGCUUUUUGUCCGGCGUCCUUCUGUCUCUCCAGCGUCCGUCCGUAAACUUUUACUUUAAAUGACAUCUCCUCAUAAACCGCUUAGCCAAUUUCAUCCAAACUUCACAGGAAUGUUCCUUUGGUAGUCAACUUUAAAAGAUGUUCAAAGAAUUUAAUUCCAAGGAGAACUCUGGUUGCCAUGGCAACCGAAAGAAAAAACUUAAAAUAUCUACUUUUAGAAAACUGAAAGAGCUAGAGCUUAAAUAUUUGGCAUGAAACAUCAUAUAGUCAGUGUCUACCAAGUUUGUUUAAAUAAAUGCCCUGGGGUCAAAAUUGGCCCUGCCCCUGGGGGUCAUUGAUUUUCCUUAUAUAGUAAAAACUUAAAAAUCUUCUUUUAAAAAACACAAAUAGCUAGAGCUAAGAUAUUAAGCAUGAAACAUCCUGUAGUGGGUGUCUACCAAGUUUGUUCAAAUAAAAGCCCUGGGAUCAAAAUUUGCCCCGCCGAGGGGGGGGGGGGGUCAUUGUUUUUCCCUAUAAUUAUGUAUAUAGUAAAAACUUAAGAAAUCUUCUUAUAAAAACCCCAAAGAGUUAGAGCUUAGAUAUUUAUCAUGAAACAUCUUCUUAUGGGUGUCUACCACGUUUGUUCAAAUAAAAGCCUCUGGUUUAAAAUUGGCCUUGGCCCAGGGGCCUAUAUACAGGUGAGCGAUUUAAGGCCCUCUUGUUUCUAAGUGUGAAUGGUACAUGCAGGAAACAAUAGCUAAAAGGCUAAAACCCUUCCUAGAAUAUCAGCAAAAUAUUUUGUUCCAGAACAUUUUAUUCAGUUUACGUACAAUAUUUAUAUGUGUUCAAUUACAGAGACAUUCUUUGUGACAUUUCUUUCAAGAAUCUACUAUAGUAUCAUGAGCACUAUUUGAUUUUAUUGUUUAUAAAGAAGUUUAUAGAAGCAUUUCAGCUUCAAAAAAAAUGUAGCUUUAUACUUUUUAUGGUUUGAAUUAUUUAUUUACACAUUUUUUAAUGAAGUAGAUUCGUGAAGAUCUGUUAAAACCUGAAUUUAUGUAAGUUUACCUACUUCAAUAUCCAUUUGUGAGGACAUCUGUCCUUACUAACUGUUCUUUACAGUAUGUAUGUGUUGUUAAGUGUUAUAAUUAUAAUAUGUAACAUGUUUGGUAUGUUUGACCUUUCAAGGUCAUUUACUGGGUGUUGGGGUUUAGGUUUAUUGGGCCAAGGUCACUUAGGCUUUUCUUUACUUUAACCUUUUACCCCAUGAGCAUAUUGCGAAAAAUGGCCAUUUUCACUGAAAAGCCUCCUGUAACAAGUUCAAACUGCUAUGAAAGUAUGAAAAAUGCUUCAAUACUAAUGAAACUUGGCACAAAUGUUGACUACACCAUAGCCUCUGUAACAGCAUGCUCAAUGGUAAAUUUCCUGUUACCAUGGCAACGGGGGGACGUCUCAAAAUUGCCAAAAAUCACUAUUUUGCAUUGUUUUUUUCCAUCAAAACUGAUUUCAAAGUGCUGCAACUUCUCAAUGAAUUGUGAUAGAGUAAAAGGCUUUUCAGCGUCGGUUACUAGCUACCCUAGGUUCGACCUGAGGCCAUUUUUAGCCUGCCACAUGUCCAAAUUUUUCUUGGAGAUGAGGGGGACUCCGCCCCCUUCAAACCCCCCAAACAGAAGGGGGUACAUCCCCCUUCUGGCAACCCCCUGAUGUAAUAUUUGGAUGG